UGUCAAGGAGGCGCUGCAGUGUCCUCCCAGGAAGCUGUAACCUUUUCUGGGCUGCAGUUGUCUGUGCGGCUGCAGGGGGCGCUGUGGAGCAGCUGUCAGGCUGCAGAACCUCAGGGGAAGACGGACGGCUACCUGCUCACGCUUUUUGUGCUUUUUUCGCUGGUUUAACGGAUAAAAACGCCUCGGUCACCAUGGCAACAGGCCGGCUGGUGGAGGUGUACCUGGACCUUCUAUCGCAGCCCUGCCGGGCGGUGCACAUCCUGCUCACCUGCACCAAAAUCCCGCACAAAGUGCGCGCCGUGGCGCUGCGGAAAGGAGAACAUCGGACUCCGACCUUCACCAAGCUGAACCCCAUGCAGAAGGUUCCUGUCAUGGUGGACGACGGCUUUGUCCUCACAGAGAGCGACGCCAUCCUGAAGUACCUCACCACCAAGUACGAUGUCCCAGAGCACUGGUAUCCACGGCAACCAGAGAGACGAGCCCGAGUGGACGAGUACACAGCGUGGCAUCACACCAACACACGACCGCACGCUGCUAAAGUCUUCAUCCUGGAGGUGCUGCUCCCAGCUCAGUCUGGCUCUCCGGUGGAUGAGGCCCGUUUGAAUCGCGCUCUCUCCGACCUCGACGACACGCUGGAUAAACUGGAGUCCAUGUUUCUUCGCCGCCAGCCUUUCCUUUGCGGUGAUGACAUCACUGUGGCCGACCUGCUCGCGGCGUGCGAGCUCACGCAGCCUCUGGGCGGGGGCAGAGACGUCCUGAAGGAGCGUCCUCAGCUGCAGCGGUGGAGGAGUCGAGUCCAGUCGGCCGUCGGUGAGGCAUUUGACGAAGCUCACAGCGUCCUGUAUGCCCUCAGAGACCGCCGCCGAGCCCGUCUGUGACAUCGGCAUGAGGGGGAGGAGUUAGUCGAGGGUGUGAGGAGGAUAAAGGAGUGGCUCAAUUUCACUUUGAUUUCUCUGCUUUAAAAACCUCAGAGGCCUUCGAGCCGUCACAGAGUUCCUGGACUCUGAUCGAUGACAGAAUCAAUAAAUCUAUCGAUGAAUCAAUGUUGGAGUUCAAUGUUUGAAUCAGCUGAAGCACUUUAACAGGAAAUGAGCUUUGAAAUGAAAAUAAAAAAAGCUGCUUGUA